AUGCGAUAUCUCACAAAUUUACUUUCAGGCGGCAAGCGCUCUGUUCACCCUCGACGGGGCAAGGGGCGAGGCGUUGGCCAGGCGAUUGGCAAGGGGCGAGAGGCGAAGGAGGCGGUGCCGCGCUGCCUUGGCAAUCAUUGGCAUCUUACUUCUGCUGGCUGCAGUCUGUGCGGUGGAACUGUUCAUGUCGCGGGGCCAGCGAGUCUUCGGUGCUGUUCUACGAUGAUUGGUGUUGACGCUCUCGAAUAUUGGGUGCGAAUCAACACGGAAUAUACG